AACUACGACUCGAGGGAAGGGAGAGACGAGGGCAAGAGGCGGAGGGGGACGAGAGGUGAUCAGUGAUUUGGUGGUCGAUGGCGGAGGAGGUGGUUCCGCGUUGGGGAGUGGAGGAGGAGGAGGAGGAGGAGGAGAAGGUGGUGGGUCGGGAGGCCGAAGCCGGGUGGAAGUGCUGGAAGCACCCGGUGCAGACCUCCUACGGCGUAUGCCCCGCUUGCCUCCACGAUCGCCUCCUUCGCCUCUGCCCAGACUGCGCCAACGUCCGACCCUGCGGCUGCUUCCCCUCCCCGUCCUCCUCGGCCUCUUCCUCCUCGCUCUCCUCCGCCGAGCUUCUCGACUCCGGGGCCGCUGUCGGGGCGGUGGGGCUCGUGUCGAUUCUCGUGGAUAGCGAGCCGGCCUUCCGGCGGUCUCGAUCGGUCGGGUUCCCGCUGCCAAGGUCGAGAUCGGCGGCCGUCCCCGACGUGGACAGCGUGGCCCCGCUGCCGCGGGCUCGGCAGGGCCGCAAAGGGUGGGCGCCGUUCUGGCCGUUCUUGAGGGAAGCGAGGAGGAAGGAAUCCUCGGAGGCGGAGAUGUACAGGUCGAGGUCGGUGGCGGCUGAGCGAUCGGAGGCUCCAGCCGGCGGCAGGGAGAAGGAGGGGAAGGCAAAGGGAGGUCGAUGGUGGCAUUUCCCGAGCCCGAUGAGGGUUUUCCGGCACUGGAAGUCGGCGACGAAGGUGAUGCAGGAGCGGUUGCCGUUACGGCGCAGGUGAGAAUCUCAAAAGAGAAAUAACGGAGAUCUCCCUCCGUUAUCAUCAACUCGGCAUUAGUAUCAAUAUUACCAGUUGGUAUUCACCGUCGGAACAUUUUGUAGACAACGAUUGAUUGAUUAGCAGAUACUAAAGCUUCCCUACUUAACACAUGUAGUUUCGUGCUCCGAUCAACCCAAGUCCGUCUGAUGUCGAUCAGACGGCGAGGGGGGUCGCACUGCAAUCUUCUAUAUCAUGUACGAUUUCUCGAUAAUUGCAUAUAUUGAUGUCUUUGCGAAUA